AAUCAAAUGCGUGUCUGGUGACUGCGAUUGUAUUAUUCUGCGGCAGUCCACAAAUCAGAAGACUACAGUCCUGUACAUUCUGUCAAGCGUGUGGACUCACAGAGUGAAACAACAAGUUUGCUCUGUUUGCAGACCAUCCAUGUGUUCACAUGAUAGUCAUCAACUUGACCAACGACGCGACAACAGUAGGUCUUUUUCUUGCACAGCUGUGAUCUGCAUUUUCUUAUGUCACUUCUGAUCUGCCAUCACACGCGCAACAAACAUGGAGGGCUCUUGGAUAUCUAAUGCGCUACCUCGCUAUUCUCCCUCGUCUCUGUCUCCCGACAGUCGCCGCCGUUCCAAAGCCCCUCGCUGGCGUACUCCUUCUCCCAUGUCUGCCUCGGCCAUACCUCCACCCAUCGUAAACAGCAUAUAUGUUCCCUCCUCUUCGCAGUCCCCCGCCGGUCCUUCCGUGCAGACCGACGAUAAUCUCCUGCUCUUCCGAAGGAAGCAACGUGAACUCGAGGCUCAUCUGCAACUACUCCUUGAUGCCCAAGCCGACGCUCUCCUCUCUGGUCUCGAUGACCCAUCAACCUCUACUGCUGAGGAUGAUGGCCUUUCUACAGGUUCCAGCACACCCACCGCUAGUGCACUAGAUUCAAGGGCGCGUCCAUCUUCGAAACCAGAAAAGAUCGGUCUCCGUCAUGCAAGAGUCGGCCUGUAUGCUACCAUAAGACGUCUGGCGCAACUCAAGGCUCAGGAAUCUCAAUACCUGGCUCCAAAUCUCGACCAUUUCGAGUCUGUCGUUGCUCAGCUUGAUGCAUGGCAAGGAAAGUGCCACGCCUUGCAGUCCCGCGCUUCUGAGAUACGCUCGGGUAGUGACCAGAAACGCGCCCUCGGUUUGCACAAACAGGCCGAUGAUAUGCAAAGCGAUAUCGAGGACCUCGAGACCAGGCUCGCUAAACUUAAGAGUGACCAACGCAGACUAAGAGCUGAAGCACAAGAAAUAGAAAAUACUGUCGACGCACGUCUUACUUCAUAUACGACUAGCCUAGCCUUGGUCGAGAAUUCUGUCCAAACCUUCCUUCGUGAUGGCACAUCGAACCACUGGACUGCUAUCAUCAAUGUUGCAGACAUGGACCGUUUCUGGCAGUCGCCCUCGCAGACUCGGACCUUGAAGUCCGCAAAAGAAGUCUUUCUCCGGGAGCGAGACUCGCUGCUUGAGAAGCGUCGCAUCAAUGAUACUGAGCGAGAAGCACUUGAAGAGGGUGCUGUCGUCUGGGGGGAUACUGUGAAGCAGGUGUCUGCCUUCGAGCGCACACUAGCGAAAACCAUGUCACAGAUGAGCAAACAGCCACAAUCUCAGCUCGACUCACCAGCGGAAACUAAGGAGCUGCUCAGCAUGCUCGAGCAGACAACUACAGAGCUCGAAAGCAAACACAAGCUCGCCGAGACACGUAGUUGGAAACUACUGGUGGCGGCUAUCGGUGCUGAGCUCGAGGCAUUUUUGAAAGGAAAACAAAUCCUCGAGGCCGCUCUCGCUUCUAUAGAUGGCGAUACAAGCUCUGACGAGCAGAGAGGUGCUUCGAGUAGUUCCGGCCAUCUGGAAGGGGCUCAGACUCCUAAAGGCAGCAAGCAUGAUGGUGGCGAGGCUAUUCGCGAUUUGGACAAGGCUUUCGCAUCAAAACAUCCUACAGCCAGCAUCUCAGACACAGAUACAGAAGAUGAUGGACCAGAUCCAGAACUUCUGGUCUCUCACCAGGAUACAGACACGGAUUAGUUGGAUUCUUGACUUGGAACAUGAUACCCGUAUUAGAUGAACAGCUGUGGAUGCGUUCGAUAUGAGAUUACGAGAAAUGACGAUUAUUACCAUACCAGACUAUAUGAAGCUCGCGCUUAGUCAAUAUUAUCAGUGUACGUCGGCCGUAU